AUGUGUGACGUUGAAUACUCUGUGUGUGACGUUGAAUACUCUGUGUGUGACGUUGAAUACUCUGUGUAUGACGUCGAAUACUCAGUGUGUGACGUUGAAUACUCUGUGUAUGACGUUGAAUACUCUGUGUAUGGUGUUGAAUACUCUGUGUAUGGCGUUGAAUACUCUGUGUGUGACGUUGAAUACUCUGUGUGUGACGUUGAAUACUCUAUGUAUGGUGUUGAAUACUCUGUGUAUGGUGUUGAAUACUCUGUGUAUGACGUUGAAUACUCUGUGUAUGACGUUGAAUACUCUGUGUAUGGUGUUGAAUACUCUGUGUGUGACGUUGAAUACUCUGUGUAUGGUGUUGAAUACUCUGUGUAUGACAUUGAAUACUCUGUGUGUGACGUUGAAUACUCUAUGUGUGACGUUGAAUACUCUGUGUGUGACGUUGAAUACUCUGUGUGUGACGUUGAAUACUCUGUGUAUGGUGUUGAAUACUCUGUGUAUGGUGUUGAAUACUCUGUGUGUGACGUUGAAUACUCUGUGUGUGGUGUUGAAUACUCUGUGUGUGACAUUGAAUACUCUGUGUGUGACGUUGAAUACUCUAUGUGUGACGUUGAAUACUCUGUGUAUGGUGUUGAAUACUCUGUGUGUGACAUUGAAUACUCUGUGUAUGACGUUGAAUACUCUGUGUAUGGUGUUGAAUACUCUGUGUAUGACGUUGAAUACUCUGUGUGUGACGUUGAAUACUCUGUGUAUGGUGUUGAAUACUCUGUGUAUGGUGUUGAAUACUCUGUGUAUGACGUUGAAUACUCUGUGUGUGACGUUGAAUACUCUGUGUGUGACGUUGAAUACUCUGUGUGUGACGUUGAAUACUCUGUGUAUGGUGUUGAAUACUCUGUGUGUGACGUUGAAUACUCUGUGUAUGGUGUUGAAUACUCUGUGUAUGGUGUUGAAUACUUUUUGCAUUUUCUGCAUUUUUGA